AUGGUCCUUAUUUAUAAUUUGACUGUGAAUAUUAUUAACCUCUUGUUCCCUGGCCUUAAACUGGAAUUCCCUGGCCUUAAACUGGAAUUCCCUGGUCUUAAACUGGAAUUCCCUGGUCUUAAACUAGAAUUCCCUGGUCUUAAACUGGAAUUCCCUGGUCUUAAACUGGAAUUCCCUGGUCUUAAACUGGAAUUCCCUGGUCUUAAACUGGAAUUCCCUGGUCUUAAACUGGAAUUCCCUGGUCUUAAACUGGAAUUCCCUGGUCUUAAACUGGAAUUCCCUGGUCUUAAACUGGAAUUCCCUGGUCUUAAACUGGAAUUCCCUGGUCUUAAACUGGAAUUCCCUGGUCUUAAACUGGAAUUCCCUGGUCUUAAACUGGAAUUCCCUGGUCUUAAACUGGAAUUCCCUGGUCUUAAACUGGAAUUCCCUGGUCUUAAACUGGAAUUCCCUGGUCUUAAACUGGAAUUCCCUGGUCUUAAACUGGAAUUCCCUGGUCUUAAACUAGAAUUCCCUGGUCUUAAACUUUUGUUAAAUUACUCUGAUUUUUAG